GGUUAACACUGGGUCAAUAGCUUUGCUUGUGGUUGCUUGCCUCCCCUGCCCUCCGCUUCCCCUGCCUGCAGUUCCCGCGUCGCGACUUUCUAAUUUAGCGCAGGCGCGUUCAUUGCCUUGUCGCUGCGCUCGCUGCCUUUAAGUUAGUCUAGGCUAGUUCAGUUCAUUUUCCAACCUUACCUCACCUUGGACUCCAUCGAUCAUCGUGAAGCCGAUAUGCGACAAGCUCGGCCGAUCCUCAAUCAACCAUGCAUCUCGUCAAGCCAUCAUGGCUAAGCCAUAAAGGCGAGCAGAAGGACUUCGAGGUUUACAGCUGCCACGUCUCACCCGACGGAAAGAGGUUGGCCACCGCUGGGGGGGAUGGGCAUGUCCGCAUAUGGUCUACAGAGGCCGUCUACAAUGCCCACGACAGAAGCUAUGCGAAGCCGAGGCAGCUAUGCCACAUGAGCCAUCACCUCGGCACCAUACACUCGGUACGCUUCUCCCCCAACGGCCGCUACCUCGCAUCCGGCGCAGACGACAAGAUCAUCUGUAUAUACCAGCUCGAGAGCGGUCCCCCGACCGUGCCCGCCUUCGGCACCAACGAGCCCCCUCCCGUCGAGAACUGGAAGACCUCGAAGCGUCUGGUAGGCCACGAGAACGAUGUGCAGGACUUGGCCUGGUCUUACGAUGGUUCCAUCCUCGUCUCCGUCGGCCUCGACUCCAAGAUCGUCAUCUGGUCCGGCCACACCUUCGAGAAGCUCAAGGUCCUCUCUGGCCAUCAGAGCCACGUCAAGGGCAUAACGUUCGACCCCGCCAACAAGUUCUUCGCCACCGCCAGCGACGACAGGACCAUCAAGAUCUUCCGCUUCACCUCCCCCGCCCCCAACGCCACCCAACACGACAUGGUCAACAACUUCCAGCUCGAGACUACCAUCAGCGCCCCCUUCAAGUCCUCCCCCCUCACCACCUACUUCCGGAGGUGCUCCUGGUCCCCCGAUGGUAACCACAUCGCCGCUGCCAAUGCCGUCAACGGCCCCGUCAGUUCCGUUGCCAUAAUCGAGCGCUCAAGGUGGGACAGUGAGAUCAACCUGAUUGGGCAUGAAGGCCCCACCGAGGUCUGCAUGUUUUCUCCCCGUCUCUUCCACACCGAGAAGCCCGUCGAGAACGGCCUCGGCGCUACCAACGGCCAUGGCUCCGGCUCGCUCGUCACCGUCAUCGCCUCGGCUGGCCAGGACAAGACCCUGAGCAUAUGGAACACCAAUUCGUCUAGGCCCGUGGUUAUAUUGCAAGACUUGGCCGCCAAAUCCAUAUCGGACUUGGCCUGGACCCCCGAUGGCCAGACCCUCUUUGCCGCCAGUCUGGACGGUAGUAUCAUCUGUGCGAGGUUCGAGACUGGCGAGCUGGGCUGGGUGGCUAAUCUGGAGGAGACGGACAAGGCCCUGUCCAAAUAUGGUGCCUCGAGGAAAGCCAUGGGCAUCGCAGAAGACGUCGACGGGCUCUUGCUGGAGAACCACGCCAAGGAAGGAGAGAGGCGAGGCGCAGAAUCCAGAAUGGGCGCUCUGAUGGGCGACCACCAUCCUCUGGCGAAAGACCUUGCCCAGACGUCGACCACAAAUGGCACCAAGCCCGGUACUGGUACAGCAACGCCGAAUACCGCCCCUACACCCAAUGCCCAACUCGAGGCAGAGGCCACAAAGGAGUCGGAAAAGGACAAGGAGGCUGCACCUGCCAACGAGUCGACCGACAAGACGGCCCAGCGGGUGAAUGAGCUGAAGUCGCGUGUUACAAUCGGCAAGGACGGCAAGAAAAGGGUGGCCCCCAUGCUUAUAUCUUCAUCUGGCACUGGCCAGUCCUCGUUGCCUCAGACCCAGCUGGUGGGUUCCAGUGCCACCAAAGCUGCUCAGAAUGACGCCCCGCAAACAAUCCUUGACCUCUCCAAGCCUUACGACGGUCUGCCCGAAGGUGGCUUGGCAUCCAUGCUGCUUGGCAACAAGCGCAAAGCCAUUCCACUUGAUGAUGACGAGGAGGAGGUUUUGGGGAAGCGCCCUGCGACUGGGCCUCGACCCAUCAUGAGAAACGGCGUCGACGGUCUUGAACCUGCAACCCUGGAGCCGCCCCGUAAUGGUCUUGUAUCGACGCCCGAAUACCUUCGACCCGCCGUCCUCAACCCAUCUAUUGCCAUAUCGCAGGUACGACUCGCUGUGCCAAAAGUGCGCUCACACGUUCUCCGACCUCUCGAAAAGGGGAUUCUACUUGACGACACUAGCUCCGAGGAAGCAUCAAAGGUGCCCGAGAAUGUGAUACUCGAAGCGAAGAACCCGGCAUCGAUCAGGGACCCCUCUCAUAUCACAGCAUCAAAGCGUGGAGUUGUCCUUUGGCAAGACUUCCUUCCGCGAGCUAUCAUCCUGGUGACUGGUAACAAGAACUUUUGGGCAGCGGCCUGCGAGGAUGGAAGUAUCUACACCUGGACUCCAGCUGGUCGCAGGCUGGUCAACGCCAUGGUUCUCGAGUCCCAGCCAGUCAUUCUUGAAUGCCGGGACUGGUGGCUCUUGUGCAUCACCGCUGUCGGGCAAUGUUAUGUAUGGAACAUGAAAUCCCUUUCAUCGCCACAUCCGCCCAUUUCGCUCGCCCCAGUGCUCGAAACUGCUAUCCAUUCGCUUCAGCCGCACGCAGCCAUGCCCGCCCCUGGCGUCACUUCUGCUCAUCUCAACUCGAAUGGCCACAUUGUCGUCACUCUGACCAACGGCGAUGGCUACUAUUACUCCCCGGAUAUGUACUCAUGGCAAAGAUUGUCCGAAGCUUGGUGGGCUGUUGGCAGUCAGUACUGGAACAGCAACGAUUCUUCUGUUGGUGCACUUCAAUCGACGGCCGUUGGCCCAACACAAAGCAAAACCGACAAGAACGACGUAUCCUUGGUUUCGGCCGGCAUCAUACCCUUCUUGGAACGCCAUACAACCAACGAGUUCCUGCUCAAGGGCAGGGCCUAUACGCUACAGCGAAUGAUCAAAGCUCUGCUGUCGAAAGAUGGGUUCGAGUCGUUCGAAUCCACCGUCAGCAUUGCUCACCUCGAGAAUCGCAUUGCUGGUGCUUUGCAGCUAGCAGCCAAGGACGAGUUCAGAUUGUACCUCUUCAUGUAUGCUAAACGAAUUGGCGCUGAAGGACUGCGCGGUAAGGUCGAAGAGCUGCUCAACAGCCUUCUCGGUGGUAUUUUGCAGGACAGGAAGUUCGAGGCUACCGAGCAAGCCAAGGGCUGGUUCAGCAAAGACGGUCAGAUCUGUGGAUGGGACCGACAGGAAUUGCUCAGAGGUGUUGUCAUGAUUCUCGGCAAAUUCAGGGAGUUACAGCGCCUCACUGUACAGUAUGCUCGUGUUCUUGAUCUUACUUUGGAGGACGACGAGAAUGGUGAUGCUAUGGUCGUGGAGACCUGAUAACGUGCAGCUCGAUAUGCAGUAUGGCGUUCCGGAGUUGGUGGCUUACUGGAAAAAUGGAUUGGUGAUACCAAUGUUGUUGCUUUAUUGGCCUGAUGUCAUUGUACUGAGUGUCUAUAUCCCUUUAGAUAGUGUUGUCCCUGGUCAAGCUUGGGUCACCUUGCAAAUCUAUGAUGAAACCCAUCA